UCCUCCACAUUUUGGAUUUCAGGAUUAUCUCCAAUGGCGAAUUCCAGUUCUCCAAAGAAGGUCUUGAUGUUAUGUGGCGAUUACAUGGAAGACGUUGAGGCGAUGGUUCCAUUUCAGGCAUUGCAAGCUUUUGGAUUGUCCGUCGAUGCUGUUUGCCCUGGUAAAAAAUCGGGUGAUAUUUGUCGCACUGCUAUCCAUCAACGUUCUGCUCAUCAGCAGACGUAUUCCGAGGGCCGUGGUCACAACUUCACUCUCAAUGCAACAUUUGAUGAGAUUGAUCCAAGCACAUAUAGUGGCUUGAUUAUACAAGGAGGGCGUGCUCCAGAAUAUCUUGCGAUGAAUGAAUCAGUCCUAGACCUGGUGAAACAUUUUGCCAAAUCUGGAAAACCUAUUGCUUCCAUCUGUCAUGGACAACUUAUCUUGGCUGCUGCUGAUGUAGUGAAGGAUCGAAAAUGUACAGCAUAUCCUGCUGUUGGACCUGUGCUCGUUGCUGCUGGUGCUCAUUGGGUAGAACCCGAGACAUUGGCAUCAUGCACUGUUGAUGCAAAUUUUAUCACUGGAGCUACUUACUAUGGGCACGCUGAGUAUAUCCGUCAUUUCAUCAAGGCAUUAGGAGGUACCGUAACUGGUUCCAACAAACGGAUUCUAUUCCUUUGUGGGGAUUACAUGGAAGACUAUGAGGUAUUUGUUCCUUUUCAGUCCCUUCAAGCUCUUGGAUGCCAUGUGGAUGCCGUUUGCCCCAACAAAAAAGCGGGUGACAACUGUCCUACCGCUGUCCAUGAUUUUGAGGGGGACCAGACAUACAGUGAAAAACCCGGCCAUGAUUUCGAACUGACAGCUAACUUCAAGGAUUUAGAUGCUUCGAGUUAUGAUGCUCUUGUCAUCCCUGGAGGUCGAGCUCCUGAAUACCUUGCACUAGACCAAGAAGUUAUUAAACUGGCAAAAUAUUUUAUGGAAGCUGGAAAGCCGGUAGCAUCCAUAUGCCAUGGGCAACAGAUUCUGUCUGCUGCUGGUGUUCUAAAGGGCAAGAAAUGUACUGCAUAUCCUGCUGUCAAACUUAAUGUGGUAUUGGGUGGUGCAACCUGGUUAGAACCCGACCCCAUAGAUCGUUGCUUUACUGAUGGAAAUCUAGUAACCGGAGCAGCCUGGCCGGGCCACCCUCAGUUCAUCGCUCAAUUCAUGGCAUUGCUUGAUGUACGCGUAUGUUUCUAGUAUCUUUCGUUGUUUUUUCCUGUGUAGCACUCGGUUUUAUACAAAAUCAAUAAAUAAAUAUCAAGGUACGUUUGUCCCUGUAAGCGUUAAACCAUAUUGAAAAGGACAUCCAAAGCACAAGACAUGUUUAUCUAA